AUGCCCAAAAACAGCAACACCCAAAACUCAGUUCUUAGCUCUAUUGCAUCACCAUCUUUUUCAAAAAUCAUAAAAUUUUCCAGCAGUCUGCUAUUAGUAAAGAUAAAAUCAUCUGCGCUUAGCCUAAAAGAUGAAGAGAAUGUAACAAUUGCAAAAAGACAUGAUGAUCAAAUUCAUGAAAAAGAUGCUUUUAACUUCAAGAAGCCAGCUGCUUUAUUACCAUCUACAACCAGUCAAGAGACUUCAUUAAAAACAUCGAUUCAAAAAGUUGGGGAGCAUCAGAUAGAGAUUUGGAGUAAGGUAUUAGGUGAAGGAGCUCAAGGAAUAGUGCGAAUGGCGUGCGUACUGACCUAUUUGCACAUGCAGCUAACACCUAUUGUUCAUCGUGACAUCAAGCCUGGAAAUAUCUUUGUUAGUGAGGAUUUCAGAGUCAAAAUUUGUGACUUAGGUUUGGCGAAGGGUGGUAUAACAGAAUCUAAUUUGAAUACAACCUGCAUACGAAACAUUAGAGGGACCCAGAAUUAA